AUGUCGACGAGCGGCGGCGAGGUGUGGGCAGAGUGGUGGCGUGGGCGUGGUGCGCUGGAUUGGGAUGCCUUCAUAGGACAGCGACGCAACCAUGCUCAAGAGUAUGUAACAGUGGAAAUACAAGAGGGCACCCUGAGGGGUCAGAUGCCGAAAACAUGGACAGACAUUCCCAUGUUCAUGUUUCAAGGUAUUCCAUAUGCUGAACCACCAGUGGGAGAUCUUCGCUUCCAGCCACCAGUGAGUAAAGCUGCUUGGUCUGGCGUUAGAGAUGCACUGGCGGUAGGAUCGAUGUGUCCUCAACUUGACAACAAUGCAGCGUCUGGGGACGAGGACUGCCUCUACCUGAAUGUCUUUGGUCCAGAGACAGCCCUGCAGAAAGAAGAACUUAAACCUGUAAUGGUAUGGAUCCACGGUGGAUGUUUCACAUCAGGCUUUGGUCAGGGCGCGACACCUAAUUACUAUGUGGACCAAGACGUCAUCCUCGUCAGCAUAAACUAUCGUCUCGGACUCUUGGCUGGUGGUUCAUUAUCCACGGAGGCCAAAAUAGAGAACCUGAACGAGAACUUUGGCGAAAUUGUGGGCUGUGAUCUACGACUUCCAACAAAGGAAGAGCGUGUGGAAGGGGCAGAGUCCAUCAAAAAAUUCUACUACAACGGCAGCGACAUCACACUCAAGGACAACUACACCACCGCUCUGUUCGACUCGCACCUUUUCUUCGUGGAGGGACUGGAGGCCGCCAUCAGGAGCAUGUCCCAGUUAACCUCGCAGCCUGUCUACUACUACCAGUUUUCGUUCGUCGGUCCUCUCAGCGCGUAUCCUGGCGGCCCAGAGAGAGUUCUGAAUGAAAUUUUAGAUGAAGAUUCUGACUCGGGGAGUGAAAGUGAAUAUGAGGAUGGUGUUUUGGAGUAUGAUUCAGAUCGGGAAAGUGAUGUGGAUGUUAAAGAAGAUGAAGAUAGCGCAGCUUCAGGCAGUGACCAUCAGGAUGUUAUUGUGGCCAAGUCUGGAAGAAGCAAUCCAACGCCGGAACAGACUUCGCUGCUGACGGAGACGUGGAAGGAGUACGACGAAUCUACCCCAUACUACCUGGAGAUAACGAGACCUCUUCGCCUUAAAACAAGCUUGUUUGAGCCGUACAUGAACUUCUGGCUGAACCUGCUACCGUCGUAA